GUGUUGGUGGGCUCUGUGGUUCUGUUGCAACAUCUUGACAAGGAAAUUCCCUUCAAGGUGUCCGUGGGCUCUGUGGUUCUGUUGCAACAUCUUGACAAGGAAGUUCCCUUCAAGGUGUCCGUGGGCUCUGUGGAUCUGUUGCAACAUCUUGACAAGGAAGUUCCUUUCGAGGUGUCCGUGGGCUCUGUGGUUCUGUUGCAACAUCUUGGCAAGGAAAUUCCCUUCGAGGUGUCCGUGGGCUCUGUGGUUCUGUUGCAACAUCUUGACAAGAAAAUUCCCUUCAAGGUGUCCGUGGGCUCUGUGGUUCUGUUGCAGCAUCUUGACAAGGAAAUGUUCUUCAAGGUGUCCGUGGGCUCUGAGGUUCUGUUGCAACAUCUUGAGAAGCAAAUUCCCUUCAAG